CGUGUUGCUAAUAUUUGUAGCAUCUGUGAAAUGAACUCAUGUUGUAAUGUGCCUCUCAUUUAACUUACCGCCAGGAAAUAUGCGAAACGCGACAGUGUGAGUGCUACAGGAACAGUUCUACCAGUUAAACGAUGUUAGUAGAUCUAAAAGUAAUAGCAAAUUUUUAGCCACACAUUGAUUAUUCAUGAUGAAGGUUGCUGCUACAUCAUGGACAGGAUGAGCUAGCUAACAUGAGAUUAACUCUGGAAGAUUUCUGAACUACUUGCUAAAUCUAGCAAAGCAGCAAGUAACACGCAGAUUAAAGUGAUAAUCUCGGUGUAACUGUACUUUUGUCUGUCAUGAUGUCAGCGCUGUAUGGAUGUGUUUUAUUCAACUGUGUUUCCAAAUUAAGAAAGCAAACAGCUUUGACACAGGUCAGGAGAUUUGUGCAGUGGAAAAUGUCUGGGGGUUUAAUACGAGCUGGAAACACAGCAACACCACCGACAAUAGUAGCGAUGGCUAAUAGGAAAAGGAAUCUCAGUUUUCCUUCUUCGAGGUGCCUGUCAAAGUCAGCUGAGGAGGCAAAAGCUCGAGUGAAGAGAGUUUCUAUCGAGGGCAACAUUGCUGUUGGAAAGUCCACCUUUGCUAAACUCCUGCAGUCGGCUUGUUCAGACUGGGAAGUGAUGGCAGAGCCUGUCAGCAAGUGGCAGAACAUCAGGAGUGAGACCUCCAAGGGGACAGAGCCCCAGUCAACAGUCAGCAACCUGCUGCAGAUGAUGUACCAGGACCCUCAGCGCUGGUCUUACACAUUUCAGACAUAUUCCUGUAUGAGCCGGCUGAGAACACAGCUACAACCUCCUCCAGCUUGCCUGCUUAACUCAGAGGGAACACCUGUCCAGGUGUAUGAGCGCUCAGUCUACAGUGACAGGUACAUCUUUGCUCUCAACAUGUUUGAGCUGGGUUGUAUCAACACUACAGAGUGGGCAGUCUACCAGGACUGGCACUCACUGCUGGUGGAGCAGUUUGGACACCAAGUGGAGCUAGAGGGCAUCAUUUACCUCAGAGCCCCAGCAAAAAAAUGUAUGGAGCGUCUGAAGAAGCGGGGAAGAGCAGAGGAGAAGGGAGUGAAACUGGACUAUCUGGAUAAGCUGCAUGUUCAGCAUGAGAGGUGGCUAGUUGAGAAAAGCACCGAGAUCCAUUUUGAGAAGUUAAAACAGAUACCUGUUUUAGAACUCGAUGCCAGUGUGGAGUUUAAGAGUGAUCCAGUUGUGCGGGAGCAAUUUAUUACCAAGGUGAAGAACUUUUUCAAUGCUUUAUGAGAAGAUGGUCAUCAGCAACCAUCCACUGUGGGAAACAGAUGAAACCGGUUGGACCUCAUUCAGUCGAGUGUGUUGCAAUCUCUCACAGGACCAUACUACAUGAAACACACAGACUGAGUUUGUCUUUAUAAGAAUAUGUUACUUCUUAACAUUAUACUGCAAUGUUUUUUUUUGUCUGUUCAUUUGUUUUGACACACACUGUGUAGUUCUGAAAGUUACUGCUUGAACUGUACUGAUAAUUUCUACUGAAAUCUACAGAGCUCUGCCUAAAGAUAAUUCACAAAUGUGGCUGACACACACACACACACACACACACACACACACACACACACACACACACACACACACACACACACACACACACACACACACACACAUACA